AUGGUGUCAAAAGAGGAGAAAAAGAUCAUCAAUGCUCUUCAGGCAAACUGGAUCUGGAUUCCGAACUGGGUUGACUCCUCCAGCCAGAAUACAGUGGGCAAGAUCGUCCAUUUCGUGCGCCAGAUCACCUUGGCUUCGCCUCCAACUCGGGCAAAUCUAUAUGUUUCGGCUGAUACGCGGUACAAAUUGUUUGUCAAUGGAGAGCGCGUCGCUGUUGGACCUACGAGAAGUAGCCCUUUAAUAUGGUAUUAUGACUCGCUAGAUAUUGCGCCUUACCUGAAGCCUGGAAAAAAUGAUAUUCGCUUCUCUGUACUACGGUACUUUGCGUGCUCCCGUGGAGCUAUGGCCUUUGAACGAACAGCGCUUCCGGGAUUAACGAUUGUUGGCUAUGUGGAGGAGGCUGGCGAGCGCACAAUUGACCUUGGCUCCCACCAAGGCUGGAAAGCUUCUCCGGACGAGUCUGUACAAUUUCCAUCGGGAUUGGCAGAUGAUGUAUUUCUACAUAUCAACGAACGCAUCGCUCCGACGGACCCAGGUAUUGAGGUGACACCCGUUUUGUACGGUAUCAAAACUUUGAAUGGGGAUAUCGCUCCCUGGGCUCUUAACCCACGCCCAAUACCCCUUCCCGAGGCGACCCCGGCAAUUGUCAAUACGGUCAGGGCGUGUGAAAGCAGUUUUACUACAGAUGACUGGACUGCUUUUCUCUUAGGCGAUCAUCCCUUGGUUCUUCCGCAGGGCUCGUCACACAUUAUUGAGAUGCAAGCAAAUUGUCAUUCAACUGCUUUUAUCAGAUGGACUUUCAAGGCCGCCAACAAUCCUUCAAAUAUCAAGUUCAAAGUGACAUACUCGGAAGGUUACGAACUCGAACCUCGCUCCUAUCCCUUCUUCCGGUCCAAAGCUGAUCGGUUAGAUGCCGAACAUGGCCAUAUCAUAGGACCUUAUGAUGAGGUUGUUCUCAAGGCCUCGGAGACAGAAAGCUUCUAUGAACCAUUCUGGUUCAGGACCUUCCGAGUUUUAAGACUUGAAAUCGCUGUGGGUGAAGCGCCGGUUGAGCUCAAGUCGUUUGUGGCAACCCAGGUCAAUUAUCCGAUGGCGGUCAAAGCCAGCUGGAAAGAACCAGGGAACGUGCAAAGCGAAGAAAUCUGGGAUGUGUCCAUUCGUACAAUGCGAAAUUGCAUGUUUGAUGGUUAUUCUGAUUGCCCUUUCUAUGAACAACUUCAAUACUCUGGAGAUACACGCUCGGUUGGGUUGUUCCACUAUCUCUUGUCUGGUGAUGACCGAUUGAUGCGACAAGCUAUCACCAAUUUUGCCGCUUCAGUAACACCUUCUGGCCUGCCCCAAUCUCGGUUUCCAUCCCAUUCCAAGCAGAUUAUUGCUGGAUUUUCACUUUACUGGAUCUUGCAAGUAUGCGAUCAUUUCUUGUAUUUUGGUGAUAUAUCCUUUGCACGUAAAUUUGUGCCACGGAUUGACGGGGUCUUUGAAUUUUUCGAUUCUCACAUCGAUGAAUUGGGCCUUGUUAGUGGUAUUCCCGAAGAGAUUUGGCAAUAUGUUGACUGGGUGACAACUUGGGGCGCUACCGAGGAGCAUCCUGAUAAAGGCGUGCCAACGUCUGGCAGAAAGUCAAACCGUCACACAUACUUUAGUAUGCUGUAUGCCUACGUGCUCCGAAAAGCUGCUGACCUUCUCCGGCACAUUGGGCGUGCGGGCAAUGCGGAAGAGUAUGAAUAUCGGGCCGCGAAGGUCCUAGAAAGUAUACGCAGGCAUUGCUUUGACGGGGAGUUUUUUACAGACUCGACGGCAGAUGUCGCGGAUGAGAUGUCUUAUUCCCAACAUUGCCAAAUUUUCGCAGUUCUUUCUGGGGCCGCAACCCCUGAACAACGUGGGGGCAUUCUCUCGGAGAGUUUCACAAAUCCGCGGUUUUCCAAAUGCUCAUACAUGAUGCGAUUCUACGCAUUCCGUGCACUUGCUGAGGCUGGAGGUAAACUUUACGACGAUUUUUGGACAUCAAUGUGGGCGCCAUGGCGCCACAUGCUUGCCAAUAAUCUGUCCACCUGGGAAGAGGAUGACGUUCGACAACGUUCCGACUGCCAUGCCUGGGGCAGCGUACCAAUUUAUGAAUACUGCACAGAGUUGGCUGGGAUUCGCCCUAUAGCGCCGGGAUCAUCUAGAAUUGUCUUUAGGCCUCGUUUGCGGCUGAGUGAAUCAAUCGACGCGAAGAUUGCUCUAGGAGUCAAGAAUAUUGCGCAUGUGUCAUGGCAUCCAGGGAGCAACAAUGAGAAAAUUGUAGAGCUUAGACUUGAUCAGCCUAUUGAGGUGACAAGUCAAUUUCCGGGAGGGCAGUUGAUAGACCACGGCGCAGUGAGUCAUAUUAGUCUGGUCUAUACUCCGUCUUAA